AUGCAGGCGCUUUCAGACCUUCCUGUUCAUCCCUUGGCCAUGGAGACACCCUCGCCUUCAAAGGUCAUCACCGACGAUGAUGGCAAGAAUUGGUACAACUGGGAACUUACUGAAACUGAGCGGGCUCACAUUGCUAGUAUGCUUGAAACUACAGUGCCAAUUACAAGGCGUGCCAAUAUUAUGAACUGUGAAAGAGAGCAAUGCCACAACUGUGGCAAGCAUUCUGGACUAGACGACCUUGUUCAUAAUGCUCUCUAUGGUGGCAUCCACAGCAAGGAAUUCAUGUUUGAUGUCUUGCAAAAUGGGCCCAAGGGACCUAGUCCGAAGCAUUCGCUUGUUUGUUCUGGCUGUGGUAACCUACAUAAUGGGGCCUUUUUUUGGCCGCCACACUGGAACACAUUCUGGUAA